AUGGCCCCCACUGCUGUUUCACCUGCCACUGAUGGCUCAACCACCAUGACACCUCCAAAGACAUCACAGUCUCAUGGCCAUGAACUACAAAACAAGACUCCCCUUCAAGCCAUGUCCCACGGUGACGUUGUCCUAAAAGGCAUUCCUAAGCAUCCAAACUUCGCCGCUCAACGUCAAUGGCAACUUGAACAUCUCGCUGCUGCCUUUCGUCACUGGCAUCGCGAAGGUUAUGUUGAGGGUAUGAGCGGUCACAUCUCGGUCCGCGACCCCGAGUUCACCGAUGCUUUCUGGACAAAUCCUCUGGGCAGACACUUUGGCUUGUUGAAAGUCAGCGACAUGAUUCUCGUUAAUCUCGACGGCCAAGUCAUUGGUGGCAAUCGAUCACGACCACCAAACACUGCUGGGUUCCUGAUCCAUGCAUCUAUUCACAAAGCGAGACAAGAUGUACACGCUAUUUGUCACUCACACAGUAUCCAUGGAAAAGCAUGGUCAGUCUUUGGUAAACGGCUUGAGAUGCUUACCCAAGACGCUUGCAAGUUUAGGGGGGACGCGCACAGCGUGUACGACAGCUAUGGAGGUGUUGUGUUGGGCAGCGAAGAAGGCGAUCGAAUCGCUGCUGCCAUUGGUGAAAAGGGUAAGGGGUGUAUCUUGAGAAACCACGGUAUCUUGACUGUUGGUCAGACAGUUGAUGAAGCAGCUUGGUUGUAUACUUCCAUGGAGAAUAGUUGUCGUGUUCAGUUACUUGCCGAAGCUGCGGCUGCGAGCGGUAUCAAGAAGGUGCUUAUCGAGGAUGAGGAGGCGGAUUUUAACUUUGAUGUCGAGAGUGAUCCCGAGAUUUGUUAUUGUGAAUUUCAGGUUUACUAUGAUCUGGAGGAUGAUUUGUCCAAGGGGGAUUUUAAGAACUAG